UUCGUAACCGGAUGUUGAUACCAGCUGGUGUUAGCACGACUGCUGCUAGUUGAGGAGGCAGCAGGUGGAUCAUUUACACCUUUAUUACUUUUUAACACCUACAAGCUUCUCAGCAUCGCAUAAGCCGGGAGAAAAUGUCGCACAAGUCCUAAAUAUUAUUCACUUAAAUGUAAAAACAGCAUCUGCUCGCAGGGCAUAAAGCAGACGAGGUCCUGGCGGAGUGUGGACUUAGCAGCACACAAGGAGGUGCGGCGAUGUUGUCGGCGGAGGAGAUCCUGUGCAGCACGCAGCAGGUGAUCGCCGGGCUGGAGGCACUUCGAGGAGAGAACCGAAGCCUGCUGGAGAGCCUGCGGGGGGCAGCCCAGAGUCCUGAAAUGGCGGUUGAAGGCGGCGGCAGCGUGGAACAAGAGAAGAGCGGCAUCAUACGACAAUCACUGGAGAGGAUCGAGCUGGGACUCAGCGAAGCGCAGGUGAUGAUGGCGCUGUCAGCACAUUUGAGUUCUUUGGAGGCCGAGAAACAGAAACUGCGAGCUCAGGUGCGCCGCCUGUGUCAGGAAAACCAGUGGCUGCGUGACGAACUGGCGGGCGCCCAGCAGCGUCUGCAGGAGCGAGAGCAGGACAUGGUGACGCUGGAGGAACACAAUAAACAUUUGCAGUUCAUGGCCUCCAUACGCAAGUAUGACCAGGAGGAGGCGCCGCCACCGGAUGACAAGAACAAAUCUUCCAAAGAGUCUCUGGAUGACCUUUUCCCUGCCGAGGAUGAAGAGUCAUCACAAAUGUCGACCUCGCAGCACCACCACAGCAGCGCGGCAGCGGCAGCCCAGCAAGGAGGCUACGAGAUUCCGGCUCGCCUUCGGACGCUCCAUAAUCUCGUCAUCCAGUACGCUUCACAGGGACGAUACGAGGUCGCUGUGCCGCUUUGUAAACAGGCCUUAGAGGACUUGGAGAAGUCGUCGGGCCACACCCACCCUGACGUGGCCACCAUGUUAAACAUUCUGGCACUGGUGUACAGAGACCAAAACAAAUACAAAGAAGCUGCCAACCUGUUAAAUGAUGCCCUGGACAUCAGGGAGAAAACACUGGGAAUGGACCACCCAGCUGUGGCGGCCACGCUCAACAACUUGGCAGUGCUUUACGGGAAGCGAGGCAAAUACACAGAAGCUGAGCCACUGUGCAAGCGAGCGCUGCAGAUCCGAGAGAAGGUGCUGGGCACGGAGCACCCCGACGUGGCCAAGCAGCUGAACAACUUGGCGCUGCUGUGUCAGAACCAGGGCAAGUACCAGGAGGUGGAGCGCUACUACGAGCGAGCGCUACACAUCUACCAGAGCAAGCUGGGACCCGACGACGCCAACGUGGCCAAGACCAAAAACAACCUGGCGUCCUGUUACCUCAAGCAGGGCAAGUACCGACAAGCAGAAGCACUCUACAAGGAGAUCCUCACCAGAGCGCAUGAGAAGGAGUUUGGAUCUGUGCAAGGCGACGCCCAGCCCAGCUGGUCAGGCGGGACCGACCAAGCCGGGCAACCGGACGGCCCGUUGAGGCGAAGCGGCUCCUUCACCAAACUGCGAGAGUCCAUACGGCGAAGCAGCGAGAAGCUGGUACGCAAGCUCAAGGGAGUCGAUGUUGAGGAAGCUACUCCGAGGAAUGUUGGGAUGAAAAGAGCCAACUCACUCAACGUGCUCAAUGUCGGCAGCGGAGAGAAUCAGGAUGAGAGCCAGUCCCGCCGCCUGAUUGACCAUCGAGGACUCAGCUCCAGUACACAGAACCUAAACAGGCGAGGAUCACUCGGGACCACUUAACCACAAUCAAGCACAUCAAAUAUCCUUUAAGCCCCUUUUAUACAGUCAGGAUUUUUGCACUUUCAGAGGGAGCAUCAGAACAGUAACAGAGACAAAAAUGCUAGAAAGGUGUUCUCCUGCUCGACAUCAUUGAAUUAUCUGAACGCACAAUGUUGUGCUGAUGUGUAAACGUUUGCUGGGUUCUGAUAAACGUUAUCCGUUAUGGCUCUGAUGCAUGAAAGAGAGAUUGGAUGCAAUUUCAUUUUCUCUAAGAAAAAAAAGUCUUUUGGGGUGUUUGGUUUACAUGCCGAUGUCAUUUUAAAACCUCAAAAGAAAAUAAUAAUGGACGCAGGUGACUUACAAUGUACAAAAACAAAACCCAAAACAAAGCAUCAAUGCUGGACCACACAGUUUUUUUGUUGUUGUUGUUUUUUUGGACCACACUGUUAUUGAGACCACUUUGCUUACACACAAAAGCAAAGCUAAAUCUAUUUUUAAAGAAUGUGUAGUGUUUCUACAUUGCCAACUAGUGGCCUGGCAUGCUUAUUAUCACACCAUUUUCAGGGAUCAUUUCAAUGAAUGGACUUGCAUGUUCAUGUGAUUUCUUGAAUUUCUGAUUAACCGCCGCCUCAACAGGAACUUGCAUUUCAUACAUUUCGAGAAAACGUUUUACGUCCCGACAAUAAAUCUGAUGCGUUUUUGCCUUUGAAUGAAAAUUAUUUUCAUCCAUCAUAUCCUACAUAAUUUGUUUACAUGGAACACUUGAAUUUCUCCCACACAACUGAUGAACUGACUUUUAUUCAACUCUUAAAAGCUUAUUGCACAUUUUAAACUGCAGCAGAAACUACCUUUAAAUAAAAUAUUUGUCAGCUGCAUUGGAAGUUGAACUCCUAAGAUUUCAAACUUUGGCAUAAUAAAACUCACAGGUUUUAACUAUACAGUAUAUUUAUAUAUUGACAGUAGGCUUUCUACUCUUAUUGAAAACUUGAAGUUUUCACUGACUUUUUUACUGAUUGUAGAUUUUGCUGUGGUGGAAAAUGACAGAAACAACGUGUUACAUAUUAUUCUAUACAUGCUCAUUUUCGUCCAUAACAAUUGUUUUACUAGAAUAGCUUCAUGGGACAUUUAAAUAAAGCCCAAUGACCUAUUUUAA